AUGUUAACACGUUUUCAUUUACUUUGGGGUGUGUGUGAGAUCAACCAGACAUUUGAUGCAUACGUUGGUGGCAAAGAAAAUGCCUCUGGCAUUGUUGUGGUUCAGGAGUGGUGGGGUAUUGAUUUCGAGGUCAAGAACCACGCUCUGAAAAUUUCCCAGUUUGAUCCUGGCUAUAAAGCACUUAUACCUGACUUGUAUCGUGGAAAGGUUGGUUUAGAUGCUACAGAAGCACAGCUUAUGAUGGAUGGUCUUGACUGGCAAGGUGCUGUGAAGGACAUUCAGGCUUCAGUUAACUGGCUCAAGGCUAAUGGUUCACAGAAGGAUUCUUGCAUGGUUAGUGCUCUCGCCAUUGCAAGUUCUGUUUUGGUCCCUGGGGUUGACGCUGUUGCAGCCUUCUGUGGAGUUCCUUCAUCAGAGCUUGCAGAUCCUAUCCAUGCUAAGGCACCUGUGCAGGCCCAUUUUGGGGAGCGUGACAAUUUGGAAGGCUUUUCAGAUGUGAAGUCUCGGAAUGAUGUGAGAAAGUUGCGAGCAUUGUUUGGAGAUCUAAGUUCGCAAGUGGGGAACAGUCUCAAGGCAAGCUACACAAAUUCCUCGUAUGUGUUUUUCAAUCUCCGCCACGAUGUCAAGAACCACGCUCUGAAAAUUGCCCAGUUUGAUCCUGGCUAUAAAGCACUUAUACCUGACUUGUAUCGUGGAAAGGUUGGUUUAGAUGCUACAGAAGCACAGCUUAUGAUGGAUGGUCUUGACUGGCAAGGUGCUGUGAAGGACAUUCAGGCUUCAGUUAACUGGCUCAAGGCUAAUGGUUCACAGAAGGAUUCUUGCAUGGUUAGUGCUCUCGCCAUUGCAAGUUCUGUUUUGGUCCCUGGGGUUGACGCUGUUGCAGCCUUCUGUGGAGUUCCUUCAUCAGAGCUUGCAGAUCCUAUCCAUGCUAAGGCACCUGUGCAGGCCCAUUUUCUGGAGCGUGACAAUUUUGAAGGCUUUUCAGAUGUGAAGACAUUUGAUGCAUACGUUGGUGGCAAAGAAAAUGCCUCUGGCAUUGUUGUGGUUCAGGAGUGGUGGGGUAUUGAUUUCGAGGUCAAGAACCACGCUCUGAAAAUUGCCCAGUUUGAUCCUGGCUAUAAAGCACUUAUACCUGACUUGUAUCGUGGAAAGGUUGGUUUAGAUGCUACAGAAGCACAGCUUAUGAUGGAUGGUCUUGACUGGCAAGGUGCUGUGAAGGACAUUCAGGCUUCAGUUAACUGGCUCAAGGCUAAUGGUUCACAGAAGGAUUCUUGCAUGGUUAGUGCUCUCGCCAUUGCAAGUUCUGUUUUGGUCCCUGGGGUUGACGCUGUUGCAGCCUUCUGUGGAGUUCCUUCAUCAGAGCUUGCAGAUCCUAUCCAUGCUAAGGCACCUGUGCAGGCCCAUUUUGGGGAGCGUGACAAUUUGGAAGGCUUUUCAGAUGUGAAGACUGCUAAAGCUUUAGAGGAAAAGCUGAAGGCAUCAGGGGUUCCUUAUGAGGUANUUGCAGCCUUCUGUGGAGUUCCUUCAUCAGAGCUUGCAGAUCCUAUCCAUGCUAAGGCACCUGUGCAGGCCCAUUUUCUGGAGCGUGACAAUUUUGAAGGCUUUUCAGAUGUGAAGGAUUCUUGCAUGGUUAGUGCUCUCGCCAUUGCAAGUUCUGUUUUGGUCCCUGGGGUUGACGCUGUUGCAGCCUUCUGUGGAGUUCCUUCAUCAGAGCUUGCAGAUCCUAUCCAUGCUAAGGCACCUGUGCAGGCCCAUUUUGGGGAGCGUGACAAUUUGGAAGGCUUUUCAGAUGUGAAGACUGCUAAAGCUUUAGAGGAAAAGCUGCAGGCAUCAGGGGUUCCUUAUGAGGAAUACUUGUAUCCAGAGACUGGACAUGCCUUUAUGAACAAAUCUCCCGAAGGUGUUAAGAGGAGAAAAGGUAUGGGAAUGGAUGACGCUGUGGUCGAGUUAGCAUGGUCUCGCUUCCGUUCAUGGAUGAGUCGCUUCUUAUCUCCUUAA